AUGCCCUCCAUGUCCUCCAAGCUCUCUACACGACCUCACACCAGUACCGGGACAGCCUCAAGUUUGUUCGACCCGGCUCAGCACCGCGGCGUCAGCUCACGUCUGAACCCCUUCACUUUCAAGUCCAGUGACCAAAAGUUCAUGUGGCUAGCCGCCACGAGGCCGCUCGGGGAGGGAGGGGUGCUUGCUGUAUUGAUUCCUAUUUGGGCCAUGUACUGGCUCUGCCUCAACGUGAGCAUCUCGUCGCAACUCGAGUGCACGACGAGGCUGCUGGUUGCGAUUUCUGACGAGAGUGAAUCGACGGUGCUCAUUGGGUAA